AUGCAGGCGCUGGCCCGGCGCCAGCAUCGGCGCGGGUUGCAUCAGACGAGGCGCUCCGCCGCGGCCGCGGAGCCGGCUCGGUGUUGGCCGGGUGGCCGCAAGAUGCUGCGGACAUCACCCCGGCUGCUGCGGACCAUCUGCACCACGGCUGCGGCUUAUCAACAUAAGCUAAAGCUAGCCCUUAUAGGUCAAAGUAUUUUUGGACAAGAGGUUUAUAACAAGCUGAGAAAAGAGGGACAUAAGGUUGUGGGUGUAUUCACCGUGCCUGACAAGAAUGGACAAGCUGAUCCUUUGGCACUGGCAGCGGAGAAGGACGGUACUCCUGUUUUUAAGUUCCCCAAAUGGAGAGCUAAAGGCAAGCCUAUCCAGGAAGUAGUUGCAGCCUACAAAUCAGUUGGAGCAGAGUUAAAUGUCCUUCCAUUCUGUACACAGUUUAUCCCCAUGGAUGUUAUUGACUGCCCAAAACAUGGCUCUAUUAUUUACCAUCCAUCCAUCCUACCACGCCACCGAGGAGCUUCUGCAAUCAACUGGACUUUAAUUCAAGGAGAUAAGAAAGCAGGAUUUACUAUUUUUUGGGCUGAUAAUGGUUUGGACACUGGACCAAUACUUCUACAGCGAGAAUGUGAUGUUGGCCAAAAUGAUACUGUGGAUGACCUGUAUAACCGGUUUCUCUUCCCAGAAGGAAUAAAGGCUAUGGUGGAAGCUGUACAUCUAAUUGCUAAUGGUAAGGCUCCUCGUAUACCUCAGCCUGAAGAAGGGGCAACAUAUGAAGGGAUCCAGAAAAAGGAAAAUGCAGAGAUCUCCUGGGACCAACCUGCAGCAGCUUUGCACAAUUGGAUUCGAGGGCAUGAUAAAGUGCCUGGAGCAUGGACAACAAUAAAUGGACAGGUGGUUACUUUUUAUGGCUCAUCAUUACUUGAUGCUUCAGUGCCUGCUGGACAAGAGCUGACAAUAAAAGGUGCUUCAAGACCAGGACUUGUAACAAAGAAUGGUCUGGUUGUUUUUGGAAACGAUGGGAAGAUGGUACUAGUGAGAAAUCUGCAGUUUGAGGAUGGAAGAAUGAUCCCUGCAUCUAAAUACUUCUCUGCUGAUGACACAACUGCCCUGGAACUUACAGAAGAGGAGAAAAAGAUUGCAGAAGAUAUCAGAGCUAUUUGGAAGAGAAUUUUAAGCAAUGUUGCUGUGAUUGAGGAUUCCACAGACUUCUUCAAAUCUGGAGCAUCCUCUAUGCAUGUUGUCAGAAUGCUAGAAGAGAUCAAAGAGAAACAUUGUGGACUGCAGCUACAGAAUGAAGAUGUGUAUAUGGCCACUAAGUUUGCAGACUUUAUUCAGAUGGCUGUCAGAAGACUCAGAGGAGAAGGCAAAGAAGAGUUAGUCACUGAUUAUGUUUCAAAAAAUAUGAACAACAUGACUGUGAAUAUGCCGUACCAAUGUUUCAUAAAUGGGAAAUUUAUAGAUGCUGAUGAUGGAAAAACAUAUGACACUAUAAAUCCAGCAGAUGGAUCAGUAAUAGCCAGUGUAUCUUCUGCCUCAGUGGCUGAUGUGGACAAGGCAGUGGCAGCAGCAAAGGAGGCUUUUGAAAAUGGUGAAUGGAGGAGGAUGAAUGCGAGGGAAAGAGGGCUACUCAUGUACAGACUUGCAGAUCUGAUGGAAGAACAUCAAGAGGAGUUAGCGACAAUAGAGUCUAUUGACUCAGGAGCUGUCUACACUUUAGCUCUGAAGACUCAUAUUGGAAUGUCUGUGCAAACAUUCAGAUACUUUGCUGGAUGGUGUGACAAAAUUCAGGGUGCUACAAUUCCAAUUAACCAGGCCCGGCCAAACCAUAAUCUAACAUUCACCAAGAAAGAGCCAAUCGGUGUCUGUGCAAUUAUUAUCCCCUGGAAUUACCCACUGAUGAUGCUUGCAUGGAAGAGCGCAGCAUGCUUGGCUGCAGGCAAUACCCUUGUACUCAAACCAGCUCAGGUCACACCUCUGACUUCCUUGAAGUUUGCAGAACUCUCAGCUAAAGCAGGAUUUCCUAAGGGCGUUAUAAAUAUACUGCCUGGUUCAGGUGGCUUAGUGGGACAGCACCUCUCUGAACAUCCAGAUGUUCGCAAAGUUGGAUUCACUGGUUCAACACCAACUGGUAAACAGAUCAUGAAGAGUGCAGCUGCUAACCUGAAGAAAGUUUCUCUGGAACUUGGUGGCAAAUCACCAUUGAUCAUAUUCAGUGACUGUGAACUUGACAGAGCUGUAAAAAUGGGUAUGGGAGCAGUGUAUUUCAACAAAGGAGAAAACUGCAUUGCAGCUGGCAGGCUGUUUGUGGAAGAAUCAAUUCAUGAUGAGUUUGUUAGAAAAGUGGUUGAAGAAAUAAAAAAGAUGAAAAUUGGUGACCCACUUGACAGAUCUACAGAUCAUGGGCCACAAAAUCACAAGGCACAUUUGGAAAAGCUGCUGCAAUACUGUGAAACUGGAGUAAAAGAAGGAGCCACUCUAGUGUAUGGAGGAAGACAAGUACGUAGACCAGGUUUCUUCAUGGAACCCACUGUAUUCACAGAUGUUGAAGACCAUAUGUAUAUCGCCCAGGAAGAAUCCUUUGGUCCUGUGAUGGUCAUCUCUAAAUUUAAAAAUGGGGAUGUCGAUGGAGUAUUGCAACGAGCAAAUGCCACAGAAUAUGGCUUAGCUUCAGGAAUUUUCACAAAAGACAUAAACAAAGCUCUCUACAUCAGUGAAAAGCUAGAAGCUGGGACAGUUUUUAUUAACACUUACAACAAAACUGAUGUGGCAGCGCCAUUUGGUGGAUUUAAACUGUCUGGCUUUGGGAAAGAUUUAGGUGAAGAAGCUCUUCAUGAAUAUCUCAGAACCAAAGCCAUCACUGUAGAAUAUUAAAGUAACAGCUUCACUUGGGAAGCAGACUUUCAGCAGAGUUUGAAGCUUGAUUACCACAUGAAGCGCUUGAUACCACACCUAGGACAUGCUGUCUGCAGUGCUACAACCCAAAAAACAAAUACUCAUUCCAUGGAUAAGUUUCUACAAAUUAGGUCCAGAUUUUAGUCUGACAGACAAUGGCUUUUGGAAAUCACCCUGAAGUUAUUUAAAUUAUGUAGCAGCAACAAUUGGUAGCACAAUUUCCCCCCAUCCUCCCCCCACCAUAACCCCCCCAAGAAUAUGGUUCAGUUUCUGUUUUUUAAAUAGAACUGAAGAAUAAGUUCUCACACACAUACUUAGUAUUUCUGUGACAUAAUGUUUACAUGAUCAUUUUAAAUCCUUAGUCAUUAGGCUUCCAAAGUUGAACUAGAAUAUACUAAUUAUGCCAUUUUUGCUAUAAACCAGUUUAGGUUUUAUGGUAGCAGAGAAACGCUCUGCUCUGGUGACUUUUCAGCAGUACAGAAAAUCUUUGUGCCAUAAGAAGUAAAUCAAUGCAAGGAAGUGCACUUACUAUGAUCUUUGUAUAGUACAUACAGAGUUCAAUAUUGGUGUUAAACUAUGCAUAUCAAGCUAAAGUUACUGAAAAUAUUUUCUACCUUUUUGUUGAUACAGAAUGUGUGAUCUGCCUGCAGUUUGAAAGGUGGUUACAUUAAUGGAUUAAAAUCACAUUUUGUGUCUGUGCACAUGGACUGUAAUCACUGUUUCAUACUGUAUGAUUAUUACUUUGUAUUUCACACUUUUGGGUUCUUUUUAAUCUCUGGGAAAAUGCCUUGUUAAAUGACCAAGGUCAGAUAUUGGUUUUCAAACUUUUUUCAGUUUGGAAGAAAUUUUCUAUAGAUUGAGACCUUAUUUAACUAAGCCUUUUAAGACUCCUUGCUCUUAGAAUGCAAGAACACCCAAAGCUUCAUUUAUCUGUGGGCUGCUAUUAAAGGUAGCAGUCUGAUUCUUUGAUCCCCAUCCUUCUCCUUCACUAAAAUACUCCAUGGUUUAAUCAGUAAAUCAUCUUAUAUUUAAGCCACAUUGUAAAAGAAAGACUAGAAUCCCUGUUAUUUCUUACCACAAAUACUACAGAAAUAGGUAUUAAAACUAGAAUUUUAAGUACAGGAUUCAAAAUAAAUUCUAUAAAUAACUGCAGAUUUCAAGUCGUGACAUUAAGUUUAAUAUUUGAGCAAAUACAGUAUAGAAAAUUUUACUUUUAUGGUGUAGAAAAUACAAUGUUCCUUUAAGAAACAAUGACAUCCAGAAGCAUGACAGAUUCUUCUGAAAUGCAGACUGAUCUAUGAAGUAAAUGUAAUAGCCCAAACCAUUGUAUUUGAUCAAUCUGAGGUAAAUAAAACAGACACAUUUUCACUGA